CUCGGCUUGGGACGAGGCAGCUCCGCACUGUUCGCCGUACGAGUGGUUGAUAGGCUAAUGAGCUGACCGUGACGGCGGCAUCAGACAGCGAGUUCCCACUGUGGGAUGAAAACCUACUCUGUGAGUCAUCACGUCUCGUUCUGCGAGUCUAGCCAGACUAGGGGUCAUGGUCUUACAGUGCCAUACGACACUGGAUGGCUUCAUUGUCCGAUCUCACGAUGGAAGGCUACGCGCGGUUUCUAACAUCUCAUGAUACGGCUCGAGUGUUACUCUUGUCGACUCCAUUCACACAGCAGACCCGGGAAUUGUACAUGGUGAAGUUUGGUCAUGAAAUGACCCGGAGCACUGCACACGCCUUGGUGCUCCCCAUAUGGUGAGUACUCGUCGUCACAGUGCAGUUGCAUUAAUAUUGGAUCCUAUCUACCAGCUCUGCCCCGCUGAAGUUGAACAUGCCAUCAUUAGACGAUCACCACCCCACAUAUGUCAUUCCACGCAGUGCUGUGUGCUAUCCUCAUUGAUCGGUGCCCGCGGCCCACUUCGUCCGACUCCAUCUCUCACCCAUUCCUUUCCCCCCAUCUCUAUGUCCCGCCCGUCUCCUCCCGCUCCUCUCUCGAAGUGACCGGCGUCGUCAGCGUAGGUGCAAGUGCAACGCUAAGAGAUACGUAAAGGGCAUGCAUAACUCACCAACGAGACCAGUGACAUAUCGUGUUUUCUGCGUGUCACGCGACAUUCCGGUUCGAGAAUUAUGUCUUACCUGAUGAACGAGACCCAGAUCGCACGCAACGCAGACUUGGCCGGUACCGUCUGUUGCGUACCGGGCGGUAUUCAAAUGGGAUCCUGGACAUGCGACGUCACUCGAGUCAUCGUGUUUGUCUUUGCGGUCAUAAACGCGAGGUACGUGCCAUCGCGCCUCGCAUUUCUGCGUGUUUUCGUUCACGGCUGACUUGCACC